AAAUUAUAAUAAACAAGUCGAAGAUAUUUGGGCAUAGCUAUGGAUUUAUACGGCCGAAUGGAGUCACUCAAUACGAUUUUAUAUAACUCGCUACUAUAACUUUUUAGAUAAAACUAUCGAGUUUAUUUUGAGUUGUAACGUUAACACAUUACAGAAAUAUGUAAAUUGAAACUAAACAUUGCGGUAUACAUUAUUAAAAACGUUUACCUCUGGUCAAACCCCCUUUUCAGCCAACAACUGGUUCGCCAGCUAAGUAGAAUCACAUGAUACCUUUUAUGUCAUAUGACAAACGAACCGAUGUGGAGUUGCUCUGUGGUUCAGCCGUGACACUAGCGCGGAGAAAUCAGAGAGAUGAACACUGAUGAAGGCUGUGUUCUCCCUCAUCCGCAGUGAUCGGACAAAUAUGCGGAACAUGGGACGAAAUCUGGAGACGUUCGCCGUGGUUACCGCCGUUUGCUUUAUAGGUGUGGUGGUUGGCCAGACCACGCUCGCCCCCGCCGUGACGAACUCCACGGUGGACGCGAAUGUGACGAUGACCACGCCCGUCACGCUCACCCCCACCGUCUCCGCCUGCUCUGCCUUCAACGUGUCUACCUGUGAGGUGUGCUCCCCAGGAUCCUACUAUGACAACGAAACGCUGCUGUGCUCGUGCUGCCCGGAGUCGGGCCUGUGCCUGCAGCCCGAGGCCUGCCCGGCCUGUGAGAGGGGAUCCUACCAGCCACUCAGCGGCCAGCUGCACUGCCUGCCCUGCCGACAGGGCUCCUACAGCAAUGUUACAGGUAGCAGUACAUGCCAGUCCUGCCCAGCUGGAUCCUUUGCUAACACCACAGGGUCAGAGACCUGCAGAAACUGCUCCGCAGGCUUUUACUCGUUGGGGCCAAAUGCCACUUCCUGUGAGCCGUGUCCACAGGGAACGUUCUGCAAUUCCUCCAGGUGUCCCAUGUGCCAGCUCUGCCCCGUGGGCACGGAGACCCUGCAGGCCGCCUCCAAAGAGUGCACGCCCUGUCGCCCAGGCAUGCACAAGGCCGCCCGCCAAACCAUGUGCCAAAUCUGCACCAGCGGCUUCUACCAGAUCCGCUGGGGGCAGGAGUCCUGCAACAUCUGCCCCGAGAAUCACUACUGCCCCAGUCCGGAUGUGAACCCCAUCCAGUGCCCCAACGAUGCCUUCUGUCCCGAGGGCAGCAUCGCCCCGGGGUACUGCAUGGAGACCUUCUUCCGAAAGGCGGGGGAGAACUGUGAGCUGGCCCCCGUCACCAUCGCCCUGCUGGUCAUCGCAGGGGGAAUUCUGGUGCUGAUGGCGGUGCUGCUGGUGCUGCGGAGGAGGCGGGACUCGGACGGGGAGCUGUCGCUGUCGCGGGCGCCGCUGCUGCAGAAGGACCGCCCCCCCAGCCGCUUCUACGCCAUGCCCGGCGAAUCAGAGCCCGUCUACGCCGGCUGGUAACGCCCUGCCGCGGUGCCACUGGACUCUCUGCUGGACAAACUGUUUACUCUCAUACACACACACACACACACACACUCACACACACACACACACACACACACACACACACACUCACACACACACACACAC